AUGAUACAAUAUGUGACGGAUAUUUGUAACGGUCCGUGCAAUGCAAACGAAACGCUCGUAUCCUGCAAAGCUGUUUGUCCCGCCGACUAUUGUCCAACAAGCGACAGCCGCGCUGUAGCUGCAUGCGCGCGUCCCUACCCAUGCAGUCCUGGCUGCGUUUGUAAACAAAAUUAUAAGCUCCUAAGUGAGAAUGACAAGAGAUGUGUACUGACCACAGACUGUCCUCCAGUCACGUGCACACGACCCAACGAAGUUUGGAAUCCGUGUGCACAAUGUUUGGCGGAACGAUGCGAGGAUCUCAACAGUACCUCUAACCAGAAUUGUCCUGCUGAACUGCGCUCUUACUGCAGGCCGCAGUGCGUGUGUGCAAAAGGCUAUUACAGGAACAACAAUGACGUUUGUGUCCCGAAGAACGCGUGUCCUGGUCAGUGUCCGGUGCCCGCCAGGUGUAGACCUACCUGCUCUGUGCCGAAUCCACCGAACUGUCCACCUUACAAGCCGCCUAUUGAGAACGUGGACGGAUGUCAAUGUCAAGAAGGGUACAUCUUGUCUGAAACAGAAGGGAAAUGUGUUAAAAUAGAAACCUGCCCUAGUCCGUGCAAUGCAAACGAAACGCUCGUAUCCUGCAAAGCUGGUUGUCCCGCCGACUAUUGUCCAACAAGCGACAGCCGCGCUGUAGCUGCAUGCGCGCGUCCCUACCCAUGCAAUCCAGGCUGCGUUUGUAAACAAAAUUAUAAGCUCCUAAGUGAGAAUGACAAGAGAUGUGUACUGACCACAGACUGUCCUCCAGUCACGUGCACACGACCCAACGAAGUUUGGAAUCCGUGUGCACAAUGUUUGGCGGAACGAUGCGAGGAUCUCAACAGUACCUCUAACCAGAAUUGUCCUGCUGAACUGCGCUCUUACUGCAGGCCGCAGUGCGUGUGUGCAAAAGGCUAUUACAGGAACAACAAUGACGUUUGUGUCCCGAAGAACGCGUGUCCUGGUCAGUGUCCGGUGCCGGCCAGGUGUAGACCUACCUGCUCUGUGCCGAAUCCACCGAACUGUCCACCUUACAAGCCGCCUACUGAGAACGUGGACGGAUGUCAAUGUCAAGAAGGGUACAUCUUGUCUGAAACAGAAGGGAAAUGUGUUAAAAUAGAAACCUGCCCUAGUCCGUGCAAUGCAAACGAAACGCUCGUAUCCUGCAAAGCUGGUUGUCCCGCCGACUAUUGUCCAACAAGCGACAGCCGCGCUGUAGCUGCAUGCGCGCGUCCCUACCCAUGCAGUCCUGGCUGCGUUUGUAAACAAAAUUAUAAGCUCCUAAGUGAGAAUGACAAGAGAUGUGUACUGGCCACAGACUGUCCUCCAGUCACGUGCACACGACCCAACGAAGUUUGGAAUCCGUGUGCACAAUGUUUGGCGGAACGAUGCGAGGAUCUCAACAGUACCUCUAACCAGAAUUGUCCUGCUGAACUGCGCUCUUACUGCAGGCCGCAGUGCGUGUGUGCAAAAGGCUAUUACAGGAACAACAAUGACGUUUGUGUCCCGAAGAACGCGUGUCCUGGUCAGUGUCCGGUGCCGGCCAGGUGUAGACCUACCUGCUCUGUGCCGAAUCCACCGAACUGUCCACCUUACAAGCCGCCUACUGAGAACGUGGACGGAUGUCAAUGUCAAGAAGGGUACAUCUUGUCUGAAACAGAAGGGAAAUGUGUUAAAAUAGAAACCUGCCCUAGUCCGUGCAAUGCAAACGAAACGCUCGUAUCCUGCAAAGCUGGUUGUCCCGCCGACUAUUGUCCAACAAGCGACAGCCGCGCUGUAGCUGCAUGCGCGCGUCCCUACCCAUGCAGUCCUGGCUGCGUUUGUAAACAAAAUUAUAAGCUCCUAAGUGAGAAUGACAAGAGAUGUGUACUGACCACAGACUGUCCUCCAGUCACGUGCACACGACCCAACGAAGUUUGGAAUCCGUGUGCACAAUGUUUGGCGGAACGAUGCGAGGAUCUCAACAGUACCUCUAACCAGAAUUGUCCUGCUGAACUGCGCUCUUACUGCAGGCCGCAGUGCGUGUGUGCAAAAGGCUAUUACAGGAACAACAAUGACGUUUGUGUCCCGAAGAACGCGUGUCCUGGUCAGUGUCCGGUGCCGGCCAGGUGUAGACCUACCUGCUCUGUGCCGAAUCCACCGAACUGUCCACCUUACAAGCCGCCUACUGAGAACGUGGACGGAUGUCAAUGUCAAGAAGGGUACAUCUUGUCUGAAACAGAAGGGAAAUGUGUUAAAAUAGAAACCUGCCCUAGUCCGUGCAAUGCAAACGAAACGCUCGUAUCCUGCAAAGCUGGUUGUCCCGCCGACUAUUGUCCAACAAGCGACAGCCGCGCUGUAGCUGCAUGCGCGCGUCCCUACCCAUGCAGUCCUGGCUGCGUUUGUAAACAAAAUUAUAAGCUCCUAAGUGAGAAUGACAAGAGAUGUGUACUGGCCACAGACUGUCCUCCAGUCACGUGCACACGACCCAACGAAGUUUGGAAUCCGUGUGCACAAUGUUUGGCGGAACGAUGCGAGGAUCUCAACAGUACCUCUAACCAGAAUUGUCCUGCUGAACUGCGCUCUUACUGCAGGCCGCAGUGCGUGUGUGCAAAAGGCUAUUACAGGAACAACAAUGACGUUUGUGUCCCGAAGAACGCGUGUCCUGGUCAGUGUCCGGUGCCCGCCAGGUGUAGACCUACCUGCUCUGUGCCGAAUCCACCGAACUGUCCACCUUACAAGCCGCCUACUGAGAAUGAGGACGGAUGUCGAUGUCAAGAAGGGUACAUCUUGUCUGAAACAGAAGGGAAAUGUGUUAAAAUAGAAACCUGCCCUAGUCCGUGCAAUGCAAACGAAACGCUCGUAUCCUGCAAAGCUGGUUGUCCCGCCGACUAUUGUCCAACAAGCGACAGCCGCGCUGUAGCUGCAUGCGCGCGUCCCUACCCAUGCAAUCCAGGCUGCGUUUGUAAACAAAAUUAUAAGCUCCUAAGUGAGAAUGACAAGAGAUGUGUACUGACCACAGACUGUCCUCCAGUCACGUGCACACGACCCAACGAAGUUUGGAAUCCGUGUGCACAAUGUUUGGCGGAACGAUGCGAGGAUCUCAACAGUACCUCUAACCAGAAUUGUCCUGCUGAACUGCGCUCUUACUGCAGGCCGCAGUGCGUGUGUGCAAAAGGCUAUUACAGGAACAACAAUGACGUUUGUGUCCCGAAGAACGCGUGUCCUGGUCAGUGUCCGGUGCCCGCCAGGUGUAGACCUACCUGCUCUGUGCCGAAUCCACCGAACUGUCCACCUUACAAGCCGCCUAUUGAGAACGUGGACGGAUGUCAAUGUCAAGAAGGGUACAUCUUGUCUGAAACAGAAGGGACAUGUGUUAAAAUAGAAACCUGCCCUAGUCCGUGCAAUGCAAACGAAACGCUCGUUUCCUGCAAAACUGGUUGUCAAACGAACUACUGUCCAACUAGCGACAGCCGCGCUGUAGUUGAUUGCGCGCUUCCUUACCCAUGCAAUCCAGGCUGCGUUUGUAAACAAAAUUAUAAGCUCCUAAGUGAGAAUGACAAGAGAUGUGUGCUGACCACAGACUGUCGUAAGUACAACAUGUAAUACAAUCAAAGUUGUGUUGUGGUUUUUUGAUGCUAUAGACGAGGUGAGCUCAUGGUCCACUCUUGAAUGCCGCUUCCCCUAGAACAAACA